ACCAAGAACUGCGGACACGGUACAGGGAUGACCAGAGACUGCGGACACGGUACAGGAGAUGACCAGAGACUGCGGACACGGUACAGGGAGAUGACCAGAGACUGCGGACACGGUACAGGAGAUGACCAGAGACUGCGGACACGGUACAGGAGAUGACCAGAGACUGCGGACACGGUACAGGAGAUGACCAGAGACUGCGGACACGGUACAGGAGAUGACAGAGACUGCGGACACGGUACAGGAGAUGACCAGAGACUACGGACACGGUACAGGAGAUGACCAGAGACUGCGGACACGGUACAGGAGAUGACCAGAGACUGCGGACACAGUACAGGGAUGACCAGAGACUGCGGACACGGUACGUACAGGGGGAUGACCGGAGACUGCGGACACGGUACAGGGGGAUGACCGGAGACUGCGGACACAGUACAGGAGAUGACCAGAGACUGCGGACACAGUACAGGAGGUCCCAGAAGACUACGGGGCCAUUCACAAAACGCAGCGCCUCUCGCACAUGCGCAGUGGGCACACCCGGCUGUGAAGCCGCAAGCUGUCACAGCCGUGUGCCCACACUAAAGAUGCCGGCUGCGGGGAGAGAAGACGGCGCGGGUACCGCUGGACCUGAGGAACAGGUAGGACCGCUGGAGAUCUGCAGGUUCUGCUGCGGCGGCCGCGACAGGAAGAAUACCGAGCCAGCCGCUCCAUAAGACGAACAG